AGGAGGUGGAGGAGGUGGAGGAGCAGCAGCGGAUGCAGGAGGCGCUGGGAGGCGCUCCUCAGGUGACGGUGCGCCGGCACCGACCCGGCGGGGACCUGACCCUGAUGCUCCGCACCGCCGCCGGGCCCCUGGGGGGAGUGAACCUCAGGGUGCAGGACGGCGAUGGAGGGUCUGUGUUCGACAUCAGCUUCACCAGUGAAACCAGUAGCUGUCGGGUGGGAUCCCAGUCUCUGCUGGUCACUCACGGUGGUCUCAGCAUUCUGCUACUGUGCAAAUCCCCCGCCGACGUGCAGAACAUCUGCCAGCUGCUGUUUAGAUCGGACAAUGGACGCCAAGAUGGCCGCCAAGAACGGCCCCAAGAUGGCCGCCAAGAACGGCCCCAAGAUGGGCCCCAAGAAAGGCGACAAGAUGGCCCCCGCUCCAACACUGCUGACCGGAGAAUGGAAGAGUCCGUGGCCAUGAAGUAUUUUAUGUACCCCGGCUGUCUGUCCCAGCAGCAGAACCUGCUCCAGGACUACCAGCGGACCGCCACGUACCAGAGGGCCUUCCUGGACAACGCGGAGGACUUUAGGGACAAGGUGGUCCUGUGUGUGGGCGGGGGCUCCGGGAUUCUGUCUUUCUUCGCAGUCCAGGCCGGAGCUAAGAGGGUCUACGCUGUCGAGACCCCCCCCAUUGCCGAAUACCUGAAGGUCCUGCUCGGGGGUAACGGUCUCUCCGACCGUGUCACUGUGCUGGAGGGGGGGUUGGAGAAGGCGGAGCUCCCAGAGGAGGUGGACCUCAUCGUCUCUGAGCCAAUCGGAUACCUUCUGCUGCACGAGAGGAAGCUGGACAGCUUCCUGUUGGCCAGGAAGUGGCUGAAACCCAAAGGGCUGAUGUUCCCGUCCAGCGCGGAGAUCCACCUGGCCCCCUUCACCGACGACCAGCUCUACAUAGAGCAGCACGCACGCACCAGCUUCUGGCAGCAGAGGGGUUUCCAUGGUAUCAACCUGUGUGGGCUGCACACGGCUGCUCUCAACGAGGUCCUCAGACAGCCAAUAGUGGACACCUUCGACAUGGCCGCUCUGAUGGCGAGCUCGGCUAGACACCGUUUAGACUUCAUCAAGGACCGGGAGGAGAGUCUGCACCGGAUAGAGAUCCCCUUCGUGUUCCGGCUGCUCCAGUCCGGUCUGGUCCACGGCCUCGCCUUCUGGUUCGACGUGGCCUUCACAGGCUCCAGCUCUACGGUGUGGCUGUCCACUGCCCCCACUGAACCCCUGACCCAGUGGUACCAGGUGCGCUGCCUGCUGCAGACGCCGCUGUUCGCCAAGCUGGGCCAGACGCUGUCGGGCACCGUGCUGAUGACCACCAACCAGAGACACAGCUACGACAUCCACAUCACAGCGACCGUAGACCAGUCCGGGUUUAGAUCGGGGAACCUCCUGGACCUUAAAAACCCUUUCUUUAGAAUGCCGACCUGGCUCCACGGCUAGAAGGUCCAUAAUGGACCACCUCAGCAGAUCCCACCUUCUACAUCUAGAAUCCACCAAGACAAAAUGUACCCCUGUUCCAUACACAUUAUAAUGCUGUAUCAACACAUUGGUGGAAUAGCAUUAUUUUCAAAAUAAAGCACAACUAAGGAUUUUUAUCCGAUUUCAAUUAUUGUUCCCCUUAGCUGAUUGUAUUUGACUCACAUGUUGCAGUUAAAAUAAAGAACAAUAAAUUAUUUUAUCCAAUUAUCGUUAUUGCACCCUUGAGUUUAUUUUAUUUUUAUUUUACCAGGAAUAAUCCCAUUGAUAUUCAGAAUCUCUUUUACAAGCAAGUUGAUGUAUUUGGCCCCCUUUAAAUACAUGUAUGAAUGAUCAUUAAUUUAUUGUCUGUUCACGGUGAGUAAAUGUUCUCGUGGUGGAAUAUAUCACCAUAGGGGGACACAAAAAAUAGCAAUAAAAUGUUUAGAAAUACACAACACUAACUACAUACUAAAAUGUUAAACAAUACACAGUACCUAAACUCAUUAAAACGUAUUAAAUUUCAUUAAAACCAAUUAAAGCUCUAGCUGCUGUCUCAUAUCUCAUCACAGGGGGGCGCUCAACACACCCGAAAUGUUUUAAUACUACAAAAUACUAAGAGUGUCUUUCUGAAUUGUUUCUUUAAUAAACGUAUUCAAACUUAUUAAAAACUAAUUAAAACGUAUUCAAACCAAUGAAAGCUAUAGCUGCGGUCUCUUAUUUCACCAGAGGGUGCACCACACCAGUGAC